AUUCCAAGCAAGAAGCUGGUUCCCACCUUUCCCAGCAUGCAGAGGCACCCGCAUCCCUCCGCUUAGGGCCCCUUUCUCCCCCUUCACAGCCUCAGCGCAGCCUCUUCCCGUCCCUUUCUGACUCCCACCCUCCCGCCUCCUCUCGUGAGGCUGCCGUGAGGACACGGGGCCCCGGAUCAUCCAGACCCUCUCCUGCCUCAGAGUCCUGCCGUCAAUCCCAACUGCAGAAUGCCUUCUGCCAUCAGAGGCAACACAGCUGUGGGUGGAAGGGAUGAGGUGGGGCCUCCUUCAGGAGACAAAGUCUGGUUCUGUCCGUGGGUUCUCUGUCCCUACAGAAAAGGAGAACAACUUCCCGCCGCUGCCCAAGUUCAUCCCCCUGAAGCCCUGCUUCUACCAGAACUUCUCUGACGAGAUCCCGGUGGAGCACCAGGUCCUGGUGAAGAGAAUCUACCGGCUGUGGAUGUUUUACUGCGCCACCCUCGGCGUCAACCUCAUCGCCUGCCUGGCCUGGUGGAUCGGCGGAGGCUCGGGGACCAACUUCGGCCUGGCCUUCGUGUGGUUGCUCCUGUUCACGCCCUGCGGCUACGUGUGCUGGUUCCGGCCGGCCUACAAGGCCUUCCGGUGAGCAGAGCUGCCGGGGCCGCCUGCACCCGGAGGGAACCAGGGCCCACUCUGCACCCCAGUUCCAGUCCAGCUGUGAGGAGCUGUCCCUUUCUCUGCCCAGUGUGACAGACAGUUCACAUCCAGGGGUGGCAAACUGUGGCCCACAUGCCGAAGCCAACUACUGUCUGUUUU